UAGAGAAAGUUUAAAAUAGCAUAUUCAGUCAAAUUUCGUAAGAUAUUAAAAAAAAAAUGCCGAACUCCUUGGCCUUGUUCUCGACUUCGAAAGUUUCGAUUACGCGCGGAAUAUUUCGGCUAUUCGUUAUAGGAGACGCUAACAUCGCCGUUAUUUGUCUCGUUUGCAUUGGUCUCCAAGAGUACCCGUUGCUAUACACAGGAAAUAACACGUGUUUUUAAAUGAUUUUAAUGUCGAAACGGUGCGUUGGUACGAUCGCCCGUCGUUGAUAUUCGGUGUGACUAAAAUUAGAUUGAUGGAUAGGUGUGGUAGAGAGACGCGAUAUGGGAUUACGACAGACCUUCUUGACUACACAGCUGUACAGAGUCUCCUAUCCACCGUAGACGCUUGGUAGACAGUUAAUGCUAAAGCAUUAAACAGUUAAUUGAACUUUAUGACUCUGCAAUAAUAGGAGGAUAGAAUCCGAAAUUAGAUCUCAACUGUUCUAAAAAGACGAAAGUAAGAAUAGUCUGUGGAGCUAAUCGGACAAAAGCAGAGUCAACCAUUUUGUUAUAAGACAUUAUAAGAAAAGCUUUCGAUUUUUUAAAUAUAAUUAUCAAUUUAGACUUUAACGGGAAAUGAGGAAUAUUUUCUGAAGGUCCCUCGCUAACACUCCGUGUGCAAAUGUCUCAAUUUAGCACUUGACUAUUUAAGAUAAAAAGCAUGUGCGUCAGACCAUUAGUACAGAACAUAAAAUUCUGUUGUUCAUAAAGAUAAUAAAUUUUCACCUAGCAGGUGAGUUGGUGCAUAAAACUCGCGUUAUUUAACAGUGCACAAAUUUACAACAAUUAUAUAAUUGCUUUACAAUGGAUUCAGUGUGUAACACGCUUGGCAUUGAUAAAGUAGAUAUGAAUGGGAAAUUGACUUUAAUAGAAGAACAGCACAACAGCAAUGCGAACUUUCUACUGAGUUCCAUUAUAUUCAAUGCCGUGAGGAAAAAUUAUGGAAUAUGUUUUGUAAUCUUCCAUAAUACGUUUAAUCAUUAUCACAAUGUGGGCAUGAAAUUUGGAUACAAUCUUACAUCUCUAAAAGAAAAAGGCAAGGUUACAGUCAUAGAGCCUAUGAAAGCUAUUGUAUUAAACAUGGAAUGUACGAAGGAACAGCCGACUAGUACGAUUCGUGAUAUAUUUAUGACAAUUAAAAGCGAAUGUGAUAAAAUGAAAGACUGUACGUCUGUUCUCAUUAUUAUCGACGAUAUAAGUCAUUUCCAUAAUUUUGGUUGUGAUUUGAAAGAAUCUAUGUAUUACGUGAGGUAUUUAAGAUCGUUUCUUGGACAUUCUCCUUUGUUUCAACUCUGUAUCGUGGCACAUACAUAUAAAAAUGAAUUAAAAGCUUGUGCGCCUAAUAUCUUUGUAAAUGGCCUGAAACGAAUGGCUCAUUUACUUGUUAAAACUGAGCCUCUUCAAACGGGAUAUUCUAGCGAUGCGUCUGGGAAUAUAACAAUUAACUGGAGAACAAAUAAUGUAAGAAUAAAGUAUAACUGGCCAGAGACAGCGAAAUAUAUGUACAAGUUAUCAAAUCGCCAGGUGCAGAUUUAUGCGCCGGGCACCUCAGUUUUGUCAGCAUGAGAUCCAAAUAUUUUUUAUACUGAAUUACAAAUAAAAAGAAACCAUCUUUACUCUUCCCAA